CCGGCGCCAGCUGAGAACAGUUCAGUUUCUGCGCGGCUGAAGCAACUGAGGAAAUAAUCUGGAAUUUCCAAUAAGAUGUCCAGACGAAGUAGCCGUUUGCAAGCUAAACUGCAUCAGCCAUGCCAGGACACAUCUCCAGAAGAGCUGCAAGUCCCAUUGUCACUUCAGAACAGAAAAAGGAAAUCAAUGCAGGAUUCCAAGAUAGAUGAAGAAAAUGUGGGAUAUCAAUAUGAAAUUAAGAGCUGUUGGCCAUCCACAAUAUCAGGCGGUGUAUCUCCUUGCAUAAUAAUAGAAACUCCACACAAAGAAAGUACAACCACAGACUUUUCCAGAUUCAAAAAAUACAGAUUUAGAAAUCUCUUCAUAAAUCCAUCACCUUUACCAGAUCUUAGUUGGGGAAGUUCUAGAGAUAUUUGGUUCAACAUUCUCAAAAAAGAAAACAAAUAUUCUCACUGCAAGCAUUUCACGUCGCUACACUCAAAUCUACAGCCACAUAUGAGAUCGGUCCUGCUGGAUUGGCUUCUAGAGGUUUGUGAAGUAUACACACUUCAUAGGGAAACAUUCUAUUUGGCCCAAGACUUUUUUGAUAGAUUCAUGUUGACUCAGAAGGACAUAAAUAAAACCAUGCUUCAACUUAUAGGAAUUACAACCCUGUUCAUUGCUUCCAAGCUUGAGGAGAUAUAUGCUCCUAAACUGCAGGAGUUUGCCUAUGUUACUGAUGGUGCUUGCAGUGAAGAUGACAUUAUAAGGAUGGAACUAAUUAUACUAAAGGCUCUUAAGUGGGAGUUGUGCCCAGUGACGAUAAUCUCCUGGCUGAACCUUUAUCUUCAAGUGGAUGCAGUGAAGGAUGCUCCCAAAGUGCUGCUACCUCAAUAUUCUCAGGACAAAUUUAUUGAAAUAGCACAGCUUUUAGAUCUCUGUAUUCUAGAUGUCAAUUCUCUGGAUUUCCAGUAUAGGAUAUUAGCAGCUGCUGCCCUCUGCUAUCAUACCUCAGAACUAGUAGUAAAGAAGGCUUCAGGAUUGGAUUGGGCUAAUAUUGCAGUAUGUGUAGAGUGGAUGGAGCCAUUUUUCAAAGUAGCAAAAAAAAUACCAGUGAAAUUGAAAAAUUUCAAGAAGAUUGCGGUGGAAGAUAGACAUAACAUACAAACCCAUACAAACUAUUUGGAUAUGUUGGAUGAAAUUAACUAUGAAGUAGCAGUACCCAAUCAGCUAUCACCGAUAUCUACGGGAGGAAUAAUAACUCCUCCAAAGAGCUCUGAAAAGUGAAAAUGCUGUAUGUGUGAAGACUGGGAUCUUUGUUAAGACUGAAUAUACACACAGUUGUUACACUUGAUGUGGCUGACAAGACUAUCAAGAUGCAACUGAAGGACGUUUCUCAUGCAGCUGGCCUGGAUCUUUUACAUUUGAAGCCCAAUGAGGCCUAGAGAAAUGGAUUUCUUCUGAUUAACAAAAUUCAUAAUUAACUAUGGAUUUUUAACUUAAAAACUUUUCUUAAGCAACUUUUAAUUUUUUUAACAGAUGCAAAUGAAUUUGUCAAAUUUAGUUAUUUGUGAAUUUAAUAGUCCUUUUUUGCCAAUUGUUUAUUGGUGUAUGCUGGUUUUGCAUAGGAUAAAAUAUUAUUCUGACCUGUGGUGAUAAAACAUUGAGUGAGGCAGUCUGAAUGAAAGGACUACAAAGUGAGUCACUUUUCAGCUUGCACAUCAGUGCAGCCACAAAGUAAAAGCCUUUAUAUUAACAUUUUUAACCUAAGGUUACUAAGCAAUGUUCCUACUGCCAAACACUUAUUAGUGUAACUAAGGAAUGAUAACAAAUUGCCUUAAUGUAAGUAGGGAAUGCAAAGACUGAAAAACUUUACUUUUAGAGGUAAAGAAGCAGUUUAAGAAUUUUCCACUUAAACUGGAACAUCUUCAGUGAACAGCUGUCGUAUCCUACCUCUUUUCUCAUGAAGUGCUACUAUAUAUUCUAUAAACCAGCUGUCUACAAUGCAAGAGAAACAAAGACUGGAUUGCAGAAAGGACAGCUUGGAUGCAAAGGAGAGCUACACUCUGAAUAGUAGGCCAUUUUUCGUUACAACUUACAUCUAUUUUUUCACAUGCAAUACACAGCUAAUCUAAUUCUGUAUAGGUGCAAAAAUGAGGGAUUUUAUGUUUUAUAAAUAGGACAAUACCACACAGUAUGUUUAUAAAUAUGUAUUAUAA